CAAGGGGGAGUACUCUAAGGAUAUUAUUAUCAUCAAAAUAUCGGAAAAAUCAGUUUGGAUACAAUACACAACAGUAGCUUCAACAAUUUUGCAUUUAUAUCCUCAGUUUUACUAUUACUACUGUGUCAGUGUUUGUAAAAGAUAAAUAUCUAGAAUCUAUAUACUUGAACGUUUGAACAAUUUGUAAAUGAUCUAGUAUUCUAGUAAAUCUAGAUCUCUGAAAAUCUUAAUGUCAAAUGCUGUUAUGCUGUUUCAAGACAAACGAAGAGCAACAAGACUCGGACUGGAAAGAGGCUCCAUGGGACUCACAAGAUGAAGCAUAAGAAAAAAAAUCACUAUAAUUGUGUUGUGUCAUCUGAGCACAAAGUGAAACAGAUUGCUUAAAGUAACUUUUCUUAACAGUGGACAAAGAACUAAACAAUGUACAGUUGCUAGUAGUACCCGGUACUUUCCUCUGAUUCUUGGUUUCAGCUUUUCUACUGAUAACGUAUCUGCUGGUUCUAUAAACACUAUGCCUUAUCAUUCUCCAAACAAGGGACACGGGAGUAGCAGCUUUCAGGACAGUCGGCAUAGCUCAGAAAGUUUAAAGAGAAUCAUGGGAAACUCAAACUUGAAACAGCACAUAGAAACAGCUCAGAAAACUGGUGUCUGCCAGUUGCGACACAUGACAUUGAAAGAAGUUCCAGAAGAAUUGCAGAAACUCUCUAAAAACUUGCGGACUGUUGACUUGUCAGACAACAAAAUCACACACUUACCUCCCUGGUUCACUUCCAUGACCACACUGAAAAAUUUUACAUUAAAUAAUGGAACUUUAGUUUCCCUGCCAGAGGACUUUGGUAAACUGAAGAAAUUAGAAGUGCUUUGUUUGAACUCAAAUUCAUUGAGUUCUCUCCCCUCAUCAUUUCCCAACUUAACAAAUCUGAAAACAUUAUCACUAAGUGGCAACCAUUUGAAACAGUUACCCUCUGAGCUCCUCAGCCUCCCCCAGCUGGAUGUGGUAGACCUGUCACAAAACUCCAUCACAAAGCUGCCCCAAGACAUGUCAGGUUUGCAGGCAGUUGAGCUCAAUCUCAAUCAGAAUCAGAUUACCAAGUUGCCAGAAUCCAUUGCCAAGUGUCCAAGACUCAAAGUUUUAAGACUGGAAGAAAACUGCUUGGAAAUUUCAGCAUUUACCCCAGAGAUCAUGAAAACUUCCAAGAUCAGUUUGUUUGCUGUGGAAGGCAAUAUGUUUGACAUGAAACUCUUUCAUCAACUUGAUGGCUAUGAUGAAUAUAUGGAGAGAUUUACUGCAACCAAGAAAAAAUUUAACUGAACUGUGAAAAGAGCUCCUGUCUCAGGAAAGUUGUGCUUCUAAGUGGACAGGUUGCAAUUUGAAAUAGUGCAAUCCAUGACACUUCAAGCAGUGUCAUCCAUUUUGUAAGUGUACAUACACACUUGUAAGUGUACAUACACCUGUCAAAUAUUUAUUGGUAUUUUCCUUGGAUUAUUGCUUUCUUGUCUACCACGAAUUAAUUUGUAAAGCUUGCAUUGACUUUCAAUUUGUGUUGACUCAAUAUUUUUUUAAAAACAUUUUAUCACUAUACAACUGAAUAUUAUUGUAUGAACUUAUUCAAUUAUCAAAAGAUUUUUGUGAUUCUGUGUAAAAAUGCCAACAUUUUUUUUUUCAAUGCCUUUCAUCUGAACAUUUGAUUUUAUUAACUCAUUACAGUAUUACAAAAGGAUGCAGAAGAUAAAAAUACAUUUAAUGUACUGUUUUUAUCUCCCCUGCCUGUGAUAGAGUUCAAAAAGUUUGGUUGUAGAGGAAGUGUCACAUAAAACUGUUUUACUAUUCACUCACUUUGUGGUGUUAGCCUUUAGCAUAAAUAUAUAUAUACAUGACUCAUUCCUAGCUCUAGGAAAAUAAUAUUUUACUUAUUCAGUGCUUUUAAAAAAAAUUCUGAACAUUUCAGUUCGAUCAGAAAAGUCAUACCUAUAUUUUGAUUAAAAUUGCUUCAUUUACUUUAGGAUUGAUAUUAAUGCUAGUACUCCAUUACUGAACAGAGAUAGAAGUUAACUUACUGACUAACAGUACUAAUAUUCCGAUUUUGUUGUUUAUAAGAAUGAUAUGUAAUGAAAGUUUUUUGGUAUACCAGAAACAAUAUGAAACAAUGCAUGGCUGUGAGAAAUAUAUUUUAUUAGAAAUACUUCUAACAGAGGCUAGUGAGCUAGUGUAAAAAACAAUUAAGAAAAUGAGUCUGACCAGAAAAUGUCCCUUUGGUACAGUGUGUCUACAUUAACAUUGUUUCAUUUUAGAGCCUAGAGAGCUAGGAAUUUCUUUAAUUUUGGAGUCCUACAUGGAAGACUUUGAUUAGCAGCAAAGUUCUCAGACGACACCAUUCCUGUUGUCUCUCCUUGAAUUCAAACAGGGUAUCCAUAACAGCCUGUAGUACAGAAGCCAAUCACUGCACUCUCAUUCUAGAAUGCAAUCAUGUCUACACCUCAACGCAAUGCACAGUAUUUUUAUUUUGUAAUAUGAUGUUACUCACUGAAUUUAUGCACAUCUUGAUGUAUUGCUAUUUCAUUGAUCUGAUGUUUUCAUGGUAAAACAAAGCUUUAGUUUCUCCACUCACAACUGUUUCCUUCCUACUUAAUUGCUCUGAUUGCAAGUUGUCAUUCCAAUUGUUAUUUAAUCAAGACAGGAUUCAUCAUUUUAGUUGUGUAACCAAAACAAUUACAUUUCUUGUGGGCAAAAUCCUUAAAAAAAACAACCCUCAAAUACUGUCAUCUGUAUUAUUUUACUCAUGAUGUAUCACUAGAUUUCAAAUGUAUUUUCACUGUAACUGGUGGAGUUGAGUAUACUGAAAUUUGUUUAUCAUCAGACAUCUAUUGUAUUCAAGCUGAUUUUUUUCUAAAUAAAACAUACUCUAAUGGGA